AUGCCUUUGCCGAGUAAAAGGUUCACAAGAACAUCUGCUAUCAAACCUAAGGAGAUAGAGAAACCACCGCCAUCUUCGUCAUCAUCGUCUUCCUCCUCGUCAUCGGAAGAUGAAAAAGAAGAAACUCAACAAGGUAAAAUAAAAAAUCUAACUGGAUUUUUUGCUGAGCAGACUGAUGACGUAAAAAAUAUAAAAAAGAAAAAAUUUGAGUUGGUUCCAUCGGAUGCUCCAGAACCAUCUAUUUUAGAAAAUGAACCAGCUGAAAGAUUGGAAGGUAUUAUAAGAGCCACAGACCCUGCUGAAUGGCAAAAGCCAAUAGAGGUAGAAAAAGGUGCAAUAAAAAAUCUUGCUCACAUGUUUCAAAAAAUCACAACAGAACAGGCGCAACAGAAAAAACCAUUUAAAUUAGAACUGGAUGAAAAUGCAUGCCAAAAUUCUGAAGAAAUGGUUUUAGAGAACGAGCCGGUUGAACAGCUAGAAGGAGUUGUUAGAUCGGCUGAUCCUGCUGAAUGGCAGAAACCAAUUGAUGUUGAAAGAGGUGCCACUAAGAAUCUUGCACACAUGUUUCAAAAUAUUAGUCAUUCGGAACCUCCCAUUUCGAAAAAACCCUUCAAAUUAGAUGUUGAUGUUAAUGCUCAACCAAUUAUUCUGGAAAGCGAACCUGUAGUUUUAGAAGGCGUGGUGAGAAGCGUAGAUAAAACAGAAGAUAUAAUUGGCAAGAAAGGAAGAAUAAAAAACUUGGCUGAUAGAUUUGUAAACCCUAAUACCAACGCCAGUGACGAUGAAACAAACGAUAAAGCUGCAAAACCGUCAGAAAGCAACAGAUCACGAACAAUAUCUCAAAAGUGGAAGCAACAAGUGAGUCAAAAUGACGGCUCUCAAGAACGUAGACCUAGAUCGAAAAUAGAAUUGGAUGCAGCAGCUGAAUAUGGAGUUUAUGAAAACGAACCAGAAGUUCGGAGCGACGUCGUUAAAGCCAGUGAAGAUCAACCAGACGUCAUCUUUGUCCAGCAUACUCGAAACUUGCGUAAAAUGUGGUGCCAAUUCGAAAAAGACGAAAUGGCUAAGGAGGUUAACUCGAAAAAUAUAGAGAGUAUAGUGAAAGCUAAGAAGAAGGAACCUUCGCCUGAACCUCCUCCAGUGCCAGAAGUUCCGCCGCCAGUUGAAGAAACUAAACCUAAAAAAACCUGGGGUUCAAGGAAUGUUAAAAAAGAGGUAGAAAAAACAGAUGCUUCCAAGACGCAAGUCCAACCAGCAGAACCAACUUCCUUUCAAAAACCAGCCUUGCGUUCGAUAGCGAAGAAAAAAUUUUAA